UAGAAAUAUUUAUUAUUUUCUCUUUAUUAGAAAUAAAGGGAAAAAGGAAAUAUCUCCAGCAUGUCACGGUCUGACGCUGAUUUAACCGUGAAGUCUUGCUUUGAGCAGAGGUUUGGACCAGACCCCUCCAGAGGCUCUACAACCCGGAUUACCCCACAAAUCCAUGUGCUGAGAAAACCACCGCUGCCAAAACCUGCAGGAUGGUUGCCCUGGCUGUGCACCUUCGUUUAGGGCUAACGAGCCCUGCUCCAGCUUGCCGGAGCGGUUGUCAGGGAGGUUGCCAGGGAGGCUGACAUCAGACAUCCCUUCCCUAUAGAUUAUCGUGCACAGUGGCACCAUCGGUUCCUGCUCUGCAAAGGAGACGGGAGGGCACCCAGAGGAAGCCCCCGAGGGCGUUUUGCGUCACUGGCCCGGGUUGCCUAGCACCGCUGGGACCGUGGAGAAGGGCCACCAGAAUUUUUCCCCUCUGCGUGUCCUAUCUGGGAGCCAAACGGUGCCGGGGACGGAGCAGAGGAGCCGCGGAGGAGAUGGCAGCCGAGGCAGGCGAGCUCAAGCUGCCCUUCGUCCACGAUGACCAGCUCACCCGCUGCAUGCGACUGAGGGUUCAGAGCCUGCAGCAGAAAAAAGGCAGGCCACAGGACGGCGAGAAGCUGCUGCAGCCCAACGAGCAUGUCUACCGGGUGGAUUUCCUCCGGCAGCACAACCUGCGCUUCCUCCGCUGGGACAUCCAGCUGGAGAAAUGUGGGAAGGUGACGGUGACAGGCACCUCCCAGCACUGGACUCCCGAUCUCACCCACCUCAUGAACCGGCAGCUGCUGGAGCCCGUGGGCAUCUUCUGGAAGAAGCCAGGGGCCAAGGAAGUGGAGUGCAAUGAGGCCGAUGCCCAGGAGUUUGGGGAGCGGCUAGUGGAGUUGGCCAGGAUCCGCAAGGUGAUGUAUUUCCUCCUCGCUUUCACCGACGGCCUUGAACCUGCUCAGCUGAAGGGCUCCAUCGUUUUUAAAGCCUGACUCCCUUUUGCCUGGCCCUCCUUGCUCCAGCUAUGCUUCUGUCUUUUUUUUUUUUUUUUUCCUUUCUUUCGUUCAGUUCUUUGUUGCUUUUAUGGGGUUCUUCAAUGAAGGAUGGCAUCACAAAAAAAGUGGAGAACAGCUUGGUGCUUGUGGAGCUCCUCACCCCGAGAAACAUUCCCAAAACAUGCUCUUGCCUGUCUGAGUGAUGGGAAAGAGGGAGGAUGAGCCAUGCUGUGUUUACCUAAGUAUAAGUGAAUUCAGCUGGGAUUCACCAAGCCUGACUGGCAGGGUUUAGCUGGCUUGGAAAUAUUUGUCUCCCUAACCCCUCCAACCGUGGCACCUGGAUACAAAAAGUCUGAUGUAAGAAUAAGAACCUGCCACGCUACGAACCUGGAGAGAGCCCUGGCUUCCAGUUUCCACCCUAACCAUCCAAAAGAGGGGGCUUGUUGGAGAUGGAGCACUUCUUGCAAGGAUGCUGAGUGCUGGCAGUGACUGUGGCUGCUCAAUGUCUCUGAAGACUGGUCCUGUGGAGGUUCACCGUGCCGUGAAGCCCAAGUGGGGAGGUGGGAUUCAGCUUGUUGCCCACCUUGUGCUGCCUGGGGAUUUUUGGUACUGGGAAGGGUUGGAGCAGGCAUGUGUGUGCAGAGCCGAGCAAGCGAGCCAGAAGCUCAGAGCAGGCUGUAGCUCUGAGCCAGCAGGGAGUCCCCUGCAGCAAAGCCAAUUUGUGCAUUGUUGUGGCCUCAAAACACCCAGGAAUAUAUUUAUCCUCGAGCAUCUAUGGAGAGCAUGAGGUCGCAGAGCACUUCACAGACCACAAAUAAGGAGGCUGCUGCUGUCCUCCAAAGGCAGUUAUCUCCUCCUCUCUCUGAAUGCCAAGGCAGGGACUGGUGCCUGGGUGGUCGUGGGAGCAGAGCGGGUAGAGAGUACCUCUGGAAGUUUAGGAGCAGAUGUGUCUGGCUUGUCCCAUGACUGUGGAUAAACUGCUAAGUUUGGACAUGCUCUUUUCCUUCCACCAGAAAGCGAAGGAUACUUUGGUGGAGUUUCUUGAGACCCACAGAUGGAAAUGUGCUUUGAAAGAGUCAAGUAUUAUUAUGAUUGGUCCUGCAGGUUUUGCUAGGAUUGCACCCAAAUGUGAGCGAGCACUCCUUAGGGUAUGGACGGAGAUUUUCCUGAUGUAUAUGAGGAGAGGGCGGUGAUGGGAAAGCCAGGAUGAGAAGGCUUCAUACCCAUGCUCUACUGAUUUGUGGGGGCCAUCCCAAAAAGAGUCCAAGCUCUUCUUCUGAGCCUUCAGAGACGCUGGAGUCCAUGUCCUCCCCAGGCCAAUGAUAGCUUAUAAAAUGAUAAACACCACCUCUGUCAGACAGAGAGGGGAAGACAAACGGGAAGAUUUCAGCAAGCUACGUGCUGGAGAAAUGGUGGGAACUUUGAGUUCAGCAGCCACUGGAUCCCACAGCCAUGCCAUGGGCUCUGCUGGAGAAGCUGUUGUUGCUUUUUAGACCCCAAAAUGCUGGACCCAAAGACGAGAGGUAAAAGGGGAUCCAUCUCUGCUUGGCGAUAGCAUGGACUUACUUACUGUGGGCCAAACCCACUUCUAGGGUCCCAGAAGACCUUCUUACAGGAGACCCGUCCUUGUACAUCCCAGAGCAGAGCUCCUGACUGCAAACCACAUCAGACCUAAUAACAGGACUCACUGUCAACCUCCAAAAGGGUUUUUGCAUGCCAGGUCUCACAACACGCCAUCGCUACGUUGCUGGUUGCUUGGGUAGAGUUCCUGCAGCAGGUCCCUUGCUUGGUAUUGAUGUACCAGAGUGAAUAAAAGCCUAGUCAACAGGGUUCCCCGUAAGGACUGAGGCUGUGUGUGUUUUCUUCAUGCCCUUCUUGGUAGCUGCCCCAGUCCUGCAUGCAGCAAAGCAGAACCCACUAAUUUCCAAGACACUGUUGGUAUUUCUGAGCACCUUUUUCUCUUGUGAAAAGUAAAAUUAACUUUAACCUUUUUCUCUCUUGGAGCAUUAAUGGAGCAUUUUGUGGUCGGUCUGUGCAGGGGUUUGAAACUGGGCAUAGGAGGAAAAAUGCUCCUCAGGUGGAUCUCACCUUUCUGCCAGAGCUGGGGGUGGGAGGUGAGUGGGUCACUCUGAUUUCUCUCUCCCAUAGGGCAGAUGAGCCACGUUAUAACACUCACUGAAACUCACCCCACACAGUUUCAGCAGCCCAUAAGGGCUUUCAGGUACACCACUCUGUCCCAUCUCCUAGGUGAAUUUCAUCUUGGUUUGUUCAGCACAGCAGGGUCCCUCCCUCCCCUUCCUCAGCUGGCAAGUUCCCAGCAGAACUUCUACCAAUUCCUCUUCGAGUCACAGAUGUUUCUCCAGGGUCACAGGUGCCUUCUCUUUUAAUUAGCCAUUCCUAAGAAAAAUAAGAAAAACC